GUUAGUUGGUUCCUUUUAAUGUGUUAGGUUAUUAUUCCGUGACAUUUUUAAUGUUAUUUAUAGUGAACUGCUGGGAUUAAUAAUAUAAUAUAUUGAUGUCUGUUUUAAAUUCUUCUUGGUUACUAUAUCCUGUAAUACUUUGUAUUGCAAUAAUAUUCCUUGGAUACAAAUACUUCACGAGACAAUUUGACUAUUGGAAAAAACGAGGGGUGUAUACCUCAACACCAGUUCCGUUUUUUGGCAGUCUUUACGAUGUUGCUACGUUCAAAUUAACCUCACAUGAAUUGUUUAAAAAAUUUUACGAUGAGACCGAAGAACCAUAUUUUGGGAUGUUUCUUUUUGAUAAGCCGAUUUUGGUAGUUAAAUCACCGAAGUUAAUUAAAGAUAUAUUGAUAAAAGAUUUCAACACGUUUGGUGACAGAAGUGUUGCACAUGCUACUCACCAUGAUAAUGGAUCUCAAUUUCUCUUUUUCCAAAAAAGACCAUCAUGGAAGUACACAAGGGGAAAGAUGUCUCCAAUAUUUAGUUCUACAAUGACAAAACAGUAUUUUGCAGACAUGGAAUUAAUAAAUAAGAGAUUUAUUGAAUAUUUAGAGAAUAUUUCUGGUCCCGUGGAUGCAAAAUUCAUAGCAGGUCACUUCAGCACAGAAAUGGUAGCUCGAUGUUUCUUCGCAACUGAUCCACGUUGUUUUGAAACUAAAGUAUCCGAGUUCAGACAACGUGUUCAUCGUAUAUUUGAAUUUGGUGUAAGAAACGGAGUGAUACAGAGUUUCUAUUUUUUUAAACCCAGUUUGGUAAAGUUCUUCAAACUGAACUUUGUUCAAAAUUCAGCCAUGAAGUAUUUUGAAAAAGUUUUUUUGAAAGCCAUGGAAUAUAGAAAGCAAUAUAACGGAAAACCUGCCAACAUGGUUGAUCUAGUGAAUGAUUUACAAAAGAAACACGAUAGAGAUUUUCCUGAUCGGAAUCUCCUUAUAUCUAACGCCAUAUUUUUAUUAACAGCUGGAACAGAAACAACUGCUACUACAAUUUCUUUUGCCUUAUAUGAAUUAGCUCUAAAUCCAGGCAUACAAGGAAAGUUAAGAAAUGAAAUUAUAAAUAAUUAUGAAAUACACGAAGGCUUUACGUACGAAGGGAUACAGAAAAAUAAAUAUUUAGAAAUGGUUAUUAAUGAGACUUUGAGGAGAUAUUCCGCUACACCAUUUCUUGAUAGAGAAGCUAUUACUGAUUAUAAAGUGGAAGGAACAGACCUUAUCAUUGAAAAGGGAAUGACUAUUUACAUUCCUGUAUUUUCUUUGAUGAUGGACCCUAAAUAUUUUCCCAACCCAGAACAGUUCGAUCCUGACAGAUUUGCUGAUAAAAAUUUUAACUCAGAUGGUUUGGUAUUUUUUCCAUUCGGAGAUGGACCAAGGGCGUGCAUAGGUAAACGCUUAGGAGUUUUAGCCGUAGCUGCAUGUCUCUCACAUAUUCUGUUAAACUUUAAUAUUGAGAAAUGCGAAGAUACUCCUGAUCCAAUAGAAUUUGAAAAGAAAUCAUUUGUCCUCCAAUCAAAAUGCGGACUUCCUAUAAAAUUUUCUCGUUUGCCAUAUAGUAAUAAUAAUAUUCUGUCAUGCCAAGGUCACGCAUUCUUGUUCGAGCAGGAACCUAUGCUUCUAACUGGAACAAUGAAUAUAAUGUAUAUAACUACGUUUGAAUAUGAUCUUGAAAAUCAUGGUCAAGGUUAUUGGAUGUCUUUUCUAAAUUCUUCAUGGGUACUACUCGUAUAUUUUGUAAUAUUUUGUAUUGGAAUAAUAUUCCUUGGAUACAAAUAUGUCACUAGACAAUUUGACCAUUGGAAAAAACGAGGGGUAUAUACUUCAAAACCAGUUCCGUUUUUUGGCAGUCUUUACGAUGUUGCAACAUUCAAAUUAACCUUAUCGGAAUUGUUGAAAAAGCUUUACGAUGAGACCGAAGAACCAUAUUUUGGAAUGUUUCUUUUUGAUAAACCGAUUUUGGUUGUUAAAUCGCCGAAGUUAAUAAAAGAUAUAUUGAUAAAAGAUUUUAACACGUUUACUGACAGAACUAUUGCAUAUUCUACCCACCAUGAUAACAUAGCCAAAUUUCUCUUUUUUCAAAAACAAGAGUCAUGGAAGUAUACAAGGGGAAAGAUGUCUCCAAUAUUUAGUUCUUCAAUGAUAAAGACGUAUUUUGCAGAUAUAGAAUUGAUUAAUAAGAAGUUUAUUGAAUAUUUAGAGAAUAUUUCUGGUCCCGUGGAUGCAAAAUUCAUAGCCGGCCAUUUUACGACAGAAAUGGUAGCUCGUUGUUUUUUCGCAAUUAAUCCACGUUGUUUUGAAACGAAAGUGUCCGAGUUCAGACAAUACGUUUCUCGUAUGUUUCAAUUUAGUGUAAGAAACGUAGUUAUACAGAGUUUCUAUUUUUUUAAACCCAGUUUCGUAAAGUUCUUCAAACUAAACUUUGUUGAAAAUUCAGUCUUGAAGUAUUUUGAAAAAACUUUUUUGGCAGCCAUGGAAUAUAGAAAGCAAUAUCAUGGAAAACCAGCCAAUUUGGUUGACCUAAUAAACGAUGUACAAAAGAAACACGAUGGAGAUUUUCCUGAUCGGGACCUACUUAUAUCUAAUGCCAUCUUUUUAUUAAUAGCUGGAACAGAAACAUCUGCUUCGAUAAUUUCUUUUGCCUUAUAUGAAUUAGCUCUACAUCCAAGUAUACAAGAAAAGUUAAGAAAUGAAAUUAAAGAUAAUUAUGAAAUGUACGAAGGCUUUACGUACGAAGGAAUACAGAAAAAUAAAUAUUUAGAUAUGGUUAUUAAUGAAACUUUGAGAAAAUACGCCGUUAUACCAAUUCUCGAUAGAGAAGCUCUCACCGAUUAUAAAGUGGAAGGAACAGACCUUAUCAUUGAAAAGGGAAUGACUGUUUACAUUCCCGUAUUUGCUACGAUGAGGGAUCCCAAACAUUUUCCCAGCCCAGAACAGUUUGAUCCUGACAGAUUUGCUGAUAAAAAUUUGAACUCGGAUGGUUUGGUAUUCUUUCCAUUCGGAGAAGGACCAAGGGCGUGCAUGGGUAAACGCUUAGGAGUUUUAACCGUAGCUGCAUGUCUCUCACAUAUUCUAUUAAAAUUUAAUAUUGAGAAAUGUGAAGAUACUCCUGAUCCAGUUAAAUUUGAAACGAAAUCAUUUGUCCUACAGUCAAAAUGCGGACUUCCAAUAAAAUUUUCUCGUUUAUCAUAAUAUAGGUAUUGGAAAUAU